CAUUUUUGCUUAUGUGCUCAAUAUUUCCAAAUAACAAAAUUUUAUUAUUUCCUCAUAAUUCUUGUUUCUCUCUGCAGAGAAAUUAAAUAGCAAUUUUCCGGGGAAAACAAAGUCGAAGAAAAGCCUUAAGAAUCGUGCAUUGGAAAAAGACAACCACCACACCCACAAAAUUAAAAAAAUAAAAAUAAAAAAAUAAAACAACCCCUCAAGCAAGAUUGUUUUCGACACGCACUUUAGGUCUCUAGGGAUUUUCUGGGUACCAUUUCUCUCAACCUUCUUCUGAAAUUUCCCUUCUUUUAAUUGCUUAGAUCGUUCUUGAUUUGAUGCAUUUGCAAUAGCUUAGGGGCAGAUCCGGAUUGCAACUUUAAUUUUCCUUCGAAGCUACACUUGGAGCCUGAAGCUAGGUCUACACUUUGAUCUAGUGCUUGUGUUGUAGUCAGAGUUAUGAAUCCAAUGCAAGGGCAGCAGAGUACUGGUGGUGGUUCAUCCACUGAUUUGAACCAGGGAGAUAAUGAACCGGUCUAUAACGCAGAGAGCUCUUUGAACACCAUGAUGAAUCCAGUGGACAACGGACCAACAUACGAAAGCCCGAGUUCUCAUAACUGGUGGAGGCUUGGGGAAUCCAGCUCCGUGUCAGGGCCAUCUGAUAUCAAGACAAAUCACCAGCUGCAACACGGAGGGGUUCAUGCAGCUGGUUACAACAUGAGAAAUGGACCCGCUUUCUUGCGCGGUUCAAGCUCUAAUGCUGCAAAUAUGAGCAUGGACAUGGACAGCAGCGAUGAUGACUAUGGUGCGCGGCCUUCCGGGCUCGUAUUCCGUCAUAGUAGCUAUGGGAGUUCGUUAGGGAGUUCGGUCCAGGCCACUGGAGAGAGCAGCAGUGGCCCGGCCGCCUCUUCCUUGGAUGGUUGGGGUUCGUCCUGCAAAAGAAAGGCUUUUGAAGCAGCAGCAGCAUCAGCAGCUCCUAGUCCUACUCUUCCUGACUGUUCAGGUCUUUCUCAUUAUGGUGCUUCGAGUAGUUUGAGUCUGGCUACACCCUCGCAAACUUCUCCAAACCGGAUGGAACACAUGUUUGGAUCUGGUGGUGGUGGAAGAGCGGUUGCAACCAAUGCUUUUCAUUCUGACACUUCAUCUAGAACUGGCAGAAGAUUAAAUCUGAGGCACCCUCAGGAGUAUGCAGGAUUCAGCAUAUCUCAUAGUGGAGGUUCUAUGCAGCAGAGUUUACCAUUAAACUCUCCUCAAGAUGUGAGAUCAAGCAGUGGUGAGAACCAGUUAGUCCAUCUCCCUGCUUUGGCAAGGAACAUACCCCAGUUUGCUUGGGAUACUUCUCUCAGUUCAAGAGCAAGUACUUCUUCUUCAGGUAUUGGGAUGCCUGCAGAGCUAUUCGGACCACCGAGAAGCAAUCCAGAGCAGCAGCCGCCCAUGUUUGCACCUCCUGUGCAUGAUCAAUCUAUCUGGAGCUUCACUCGUGGAAACCCUCCUUCAACUAUAGAUGCGCAGCAGAUGAGUCCGGCGUGGAUUCCUCCUCCUCAGAGCGCCCCUCCACCGAGAACAUCAGAGCUUUCUCCUUGGUCUUUAUUUCCCAGUGUUGAAUCUCAAUCUACUACUAGUCAUGGACCUGCUGCAUCUCUUCCUUUAUUGCCUUCUGUUUCCUCAAACGAGGCAAUGCCGUCUAGUUCUUCUAGUAGCCGCAGCCAUCGCUCACGGCAGAGAAGGUCAGGGCUGUUAUCCGAGAGGCAGAGUGAGCUUCUCCACUUGCGCCACUUAGGGAGGAGCUUAGCUGCUGACAGUGAUGGAAGGAACCACCUCAUCUCCGAGAUACGUCAGGUGUUGACCGCCAUGAGAAGAGGGGAGAAUUUACGGAUUGAGGAUUACAUGGUGUUCGAUCCACUUAUCUUCCAGAGUAUGACUGAGAUGCACGAUAGGCAUCGGGAAAUGCGCCUUGAUGUUGACAACAUGUCGUACGAAGAGCUGUUGGCGCUUGGGGAACGCAUAGGAGAUGUGAGCACUGGUCUAAGGGAAGAUGUCAUUUUGAAGACGAUGAAACAACACAAAUGUACGUCGUCUUCUGCUGAGUUGCAUCAGGACAUAGAGCCUUGCUGCAUUUGUCAGGAAGAGUAUGCAGAAGGUGAUGAUCUUGGGACCUUGGAGUGUGGCCAUGAAUUCCACAAGGACUGUAUUAAACAAUGGGUCAUGCUCAAGAAUCUCUGCCCCAUUUGCAAGACUGUCGCAUUAACGACGUGAUAGUAACUGUACCUCCUGGCUCCAUUCAUCAUUGCGAUGCCAAAAGAAUAAUUUUAAAAAGUAGAGAUCUUAUAGAUCUGUUCUAUCCAUCCAUGUCUCAUCUGAAAAUUUAAUUGUUAUGCUUAACUCGUUGUGUGACUGUUCUAAGAACGUUAUGACAGAUUAUUCAUAAAAUAGCCAUGGGAACGGAAUAAUUCCUCUUUUUACUA